GCCUUUAUUGGGGCUGCAUGAUGUUUUCGUACGUCAUAGAAUUUUCCUGUGGGAUUGUCCGUGAAAAAAUAAACAAAAAUAUGUGAAAAAGGCAAAAGAUUUUGGUGAUUUUCAAGAGCCAUGAGGAUGGCAUUAAAGGAUUUAGCCCGCUUGUCAAGGCAACACCGCACAAUUUAUUGUUAUCUAAUAUUAAGCAUAUGGAUAUUCUUGUUAAUUGCUGGAAUGUACAAGUACAUUGGGACAACUCUGCAUGUCCAGACAUAUUCGGGAAGGAGCUAUUUGUAUGGAAAUGGUCAAGGACAGGAGGGAAAUGGUUUGGGGCAGGGGAAGAAAUUUGUGGCAGAGUGCAAUAAUCCCAGUGGGAUUGUGGCCGAGAUGGAGGGAGGGAAUCUCGAGGGAUGGUCUCUGGCGGGUGUGUUGGUGUUGGUGAGGCAUGGAGAUCGUGGACCAAUGGAACAUGUUCGCGGAAUAAAUGCCAUUAAUUGUGGCUAUGAUGAAUCUCAUCCACUGUUCCAUCGGUACAGGGCUUUUAUCUCCAAUUCCACCAUCAGUGCAUCCUUCAGUCAUUCAGUGUGGCUCAAGAGUGGUCCAUUUCAUGGAUUUCCGCUGCUUCCGCCUCUGGAGAGGGUUUGCCUCCUGGGACAAUUGACUUUUAGAGGUUUAGCGCAGCAUUUGAAGAUUGGAGAGAUCAUGAGGCAGGCCUAUGCUAGUUCAUUGGGUCUCCUGCAUCGUCAGCAGACAGUUCCAGCCACGAGAAUUGUCACAAAUGGAACGGAUGGGAAGAAUUCUCCAAGUGCAACAUCUCCUCCGGAAACGGAUGUCAUUGUCUAUUCUACGCGAUACAGGAGAACCUUUCAGUCUGCCAUGGCUCUCCUGUAUGCAUUUCUUCCGCUGGACCGUUGGAUGAGCCUCACGGUUCAGGAGAGCCAUUCCCUGUCUUUUUGUUUUACAGAUUGUGCCUGUCAGCAGGCAGAUCAACUGAAGAAUCAGAUGACAAAGGAAGAGCUAUCAGCUCUGCAGCAGCAUCCGGCGGUAUCGGCCGUGGUCAAUUGGAUUGGUUUGUCCCUCUUGCAGAAUCCCACGGUCCAGAUUAAUCCGUUGGAAGUGAGAGAUGCUGUCCUGGCCCUUCUCUGCCACGGGGCUCCAUUGCCGUGCCGAAAAGCCAAGGAGAAGUCAACCAAAACUCAAGCUAAACCCCCAACGACCCCCGAUAACAGCGAUGUCAUCAAUAUUGACCAGGAAGAUGCCCAAACGAAAGAAACAGCCAAUGACAUUGAAGACAUUGAGCCAGAACUUGAGCCUGAAGGUUGCAUUGAGGAAUCCCAUGUGGAAGCUCUAAUCACCUUCACGGAUUGGCAGGGCAGCAAGAAGACUCGCAAUCCAAGAACCAAAAAAAUUGGCCUACUGAGAGCCUACGGACUCAUCAGGAACAUCGUUGGGAACAUGCUAAAGAUGAUUUCUGGGGAAAAAAUCAAAUUUGUCCUCUAUUCCGGACACGACAGGACUCUGCAGUAUCUCUUGGCUGCCCUGGGCCUGCAGUCUCAACCCUUCUUCAUUCCCUAUGCCACCAGGAUGGCAUUUGAGGUGUACAGGAGUGACAAUGAGGCACAAUUCUACUUCCGUGUCGUGUACAAUGGAAAAGAUGUCACAAAUAGUAUUUCAUUUUGCGAAGGCGGGCGUAGUCUGAGGGUCAGCCGGGGGGUUCGUGGGGAGAAGGCUGAUUUGUGUCCUAUCGAAAAUAUCAUUAGAUUUAUCCACGAUGACUAUUUCAUUCCCCUAAAUGCCACAAACUACAAGGAUGCAUGCACAGUUCAUCAGAGAAAUUAUGAUUUCUAAAAAUGACAAAAAAUCCCCGAUUUACAGCAAUUUCUUUUCCUUUUACCUGAAAAGUAUUUAAUUGUGAUAUUAAUGAUCUCAUAUCUAUCUCUAGAAAUAAAUUAGAAUGUGUAAAAAGUAGAAUUAAGGGCAUUUUUGUGGAGAUUUGCAGAGAAAUCGCAUGGAAGAAUUGGUUUUUCACUUAAGCGUAUAAUUCAUGCGAGCACCACAAAUGUGUAUGAAAGGUAUCGUUUGGGCGAUUUGACGUCGGUAUCGCUUCUCGGCCUAACGGCUAAGAUCAAAGUGUAGUAUCUGUUCUUAUUAGUUUAACACCUAAUAGUUCCCUCAUAGAGGGACAAUGUUGUUAAAUUGAUUUUUGGAAGCCGGCGAAGUGCUAGGGGCUUGCUCCACCUUUGCCACGGGUUGGCCUGGUAUUGCAGUACCGCCAGGAUCGGCCCACU